UUUGUUUUUGUAGGCACGAGUGAUAAGCUUCUCUUUGGGCUUUACAAUAACCUUUGGUGCAUUAUUCACGAAGACAUGGCGAGUGUAUCGUAUAUUUACAAAUCGGAAAUUACUUAAACUUAGCAUUAAGGACCGUCAGUUGUAUGCUAUUAUAAUUGGUCUUGUUGGCUUAGUUUUAAUUGUGCUCAUAAGUUGGGAGCUUGUAGGACCACAUGAAAAGCAGACAAAAUUUCUUGUCAAAGAGAUGUAUUCCGCUGGAGAUGGCGUUGAAAUACAACCGUUUGUUAAUAUUUGUAGCUCAGAUUAUGCGGACAUGUUCGGAUGGCCUCUUUACAUAAUUGAAGGAGCUUUGUUGUCGUUUGGUGCUUUUUUAGCGUGGGAAACUAAAAAUGUACGGAUAAAGGCAUUAAACGACUCGUACCGUAUUGGUCUGUGUUUAUACAAUGUUGUGAUUCUGAGUGCGGUUGGGUUGACCUUGACAUUGCUACUAGAAGAUGAGAUCAUCAUAUAUGGUAUCACAUCAGGUUGCCUUCUAAUUGGUACAUUUCUGACCCAGAUUGUCAUUUUCCAUCCCAAGAUUCAAGCCGUUUGGUAUAAAGUAGAUGGACAAAAUAUGGCUCUAGAUGAUAAUAUCGGCACCAGAGCUGGCCUUUCAACGAUCCCAUCGACGAGUUUUAUACACGAUGACAACAAGUUAUCAAACGGUUGUAAUGAAAUGAAUGUUGAUGAAAGUGUGUUGAAGAAAAGAACAAAGGACUGUAAGACCGAAAGUUCAAUCUAGACACGAAACAUUUGUCUACGAUAA